AUUAAUUCAGAGCCAAGUGAAGCGCCAUCACCAGGCGAUACGUAUUUGGAUACAGUUGACUUGAGGGAGUAUGAACCGGUGGAUAAUAGUAUACAGUCGUUAUUGGGGGGUAAUGAAACGACAGACGAAUUGGGAUCAGCUGUUAGUGAAUACGAGAGGGAUUACGGAUAUGGUCGAAGGGGUAAAUUCGGCGACGUGUAUGUAAAUAAAAUGUUGUCGAAUGCAGUAUUGAAAGCGAAAACGCCGACCUUGUGCCAGUAUUUGACACGGACACUCGCUUCGUUGACGGGACGGAGGGAUGAACCUGCACAUCCAUCGAAAAAGGCGCAAGCGAUGCCAGACGUUGUCAAGCGAUCACCAGUGCCCGAGUUUGACGCAAGUCAGCUGAUCGAUUACGCUCGUUUGCAUUGGGACGACACGGUCACUGCUGAUGACCCGACG